AUGUUCCCGAUAUCUUCUUCCCAGAAAGCUAACCCAGCCCAAAUCUCUACGGCGCACAUUCUGCCUAUCCCCUUGCCUCUGUCGAGCUAUGGAUAUCCUCCGAAACCUCACGCCCACUUCGAGUUCCCAAACCUACUCAUCGCGCCCGCCGGCGCCGGCGGUCUUUCACACCUGCCGUACGAUAUACCUACCUUGACUUUCUCAAACGGCCGUAUGCCGACACCGCCCAUGAUGGAGAACCCGCGAGACAAAGCUAGAGCGAGCUGGGUGGAUGCCCAGAAGAUUCGCGCCGAUAUAAUGGGGAAGAUUUCAAGUUCAAAAAAAGAGCGUGGUACUACGAAUAUGACCUCUCGCUUCGAAGAGGUUGAGCAGACCAUGGCUGAGUUCCGUCUAGCUUGCAUGAAUGUUAUCGCCCACGAUUUUGAGUAUGCGGCUGGUAAAAAUGUCGAGCCAUUUCUAUGGCAUGCCCACAUCUUUCUAAACGGCGAGUACCGAAAAGUCAUGAGUCGUCUCAUGUCACAGAACCAGGUCGUCGUGAGACGGAAGCUAGAGAAACAGUAUCGGGCUUUUUUGAGAACAUCUCAGUCCUUCUACCGUGUCUAUAUACAACAACUUUCUGGGCGCUUUUACAUUCCGGAGCUGCACCAUGCUGCCCGUGGCACAGACAUCGAGCCGACAGAGAAGCCCGCCCCCGAUUCGAAGCCCCCGUCUGAACUCGGCGCUCUGAUUUUGAAAUCUUGCCAGAUUACUCUAGUUCAUCUUGGAGAUCUAGUCAGGUAUCGAUGUCAGAUGUCGGAUAAGUCUUCGAACUCGAAUGUGAAUUUUGAGAAGGCUUUAGAAUAUUAUGGCCUGGCGAACACCAUUGAUCCAGAUGACGGCUCUGCUCACCACCAACUGGCCGUGCUAUACCAACUUCAGAACCGACAUCUCGACAUUGUCUAUCACUUCCACCGUUCUGUUUGCAUCGCGAAACCGCAUGAGCUUGGCAUUGCCAACCUUGAACGAGCAUUCAAAGGGCUAGAUAACGCACCUGCAGCUCGUAACGGUACUGCCAAAGAUCCAUGCCAAACUAUGAUCACUUGGUUCCUUCGACUGCAUGCGUAUUACUUUCAGGGGGAGCCCUUUUCCGCACAGUCGGAGUUGGAAAAGGAAGUGCUACAUCGUAUAGAGAUGGCAAUGAAGUCAGAUACGGACGAAGCUAUCUUGCGUAAGAUGAUCUUCAUUAACAUAUCUGCUUAUGAUGUUGCUCUCGAGAAAGUGAAAGCUUCCUGGACCAUUCAAGGAUCUCAAUCCGCCCAAUUCCUACUACGGUUCAAUAUUCAGACGAUUUUGGUGCUUCUCCGUCUGCUGAAGCUGGGACUUCUAGAUGAUUUCGCCAUACCCGUAUAUGAAGGGAACGAUAUGGAUGACGACGAAUGCCCUCUUCAAUUCAGUCAAACCUUGCUGAAACUUCUCCCCCUUUUCCGCCUCUAUAUCUCGUGGAUCUGCGUCUGUAGUGCUGAUAUCCAUAGUUACCGAGACUACCUCGAGCCGUCUGUUAGCGACGUUUACAGAACUCUUGCCGAAGUAUUAACUUUGCUUGGUGAGCUCACCGACAAGGCUGUCACUGUCACACCAUCGAAGUAUCUCCUUGUGGAAGAUACAGAAGCACUUGGGCUUAGACCCUUUCGCAAUCAGAACCUGCCGCUCUUUGUACAGACAAAGGCCUUCCCAGACCUGGAAUCGCAAGAAAACCCCAAGGCUCGUAAGCCUCGCCAAAGAGCAUUUGGCCGUCAGUAUCAACCUCAUAUCGAAGCCGUCUGGCGGAUGAGAGAUAUUAUAUAUUGUGGGAUACUCUUAGCUAGGAGUUCGAGUUACCCGCUAGCUCUAUCACUGAAUCGCCAAAAUCGAGAAGAUACUGAAACCGAGUGCUGGACUUUUACGGAAGAAGCCUCGCAACAAAUCUCUUUAGAUGAGAGGAGCAUGACACAUAUGCUUAAGAAGCUUGGGCUUGGUGAUACUGACGCUGCAUCGCAGAAUCCAGCGGUGCGAGGAUCAGACUCGACGCGCUCAGCAUUGAGUUCGAUAGAAUCACCACUGUCUGACAACAAUGGCGAUGGUAUGAGUUUUGGGUCUCCGCAACAGGACAAGGGAAAGUCCAUCGAGGAACAAGCACCAAGCUCACUACUUGACACCGAUCUGAGUGGAGAUAGCGAAAUGGUGAACAUGGUGAACAAGCUCCUGGAUCCUAUUGGUACUAGUAGACCUCAAUCGAGCCAAGCCCAAGCUGAUACAAUCUACGGCAUGAAUACGGCUACAGCCAAUGAAAUAUUUGGUCCAUUUGCCGCUGGAUCAGCACAAGGAUCAGCACAACCCUCUCCGGCAUCUAGGACCAUUCCUAAUCUCCCAUGGGAUUAUUUCUAUGCACCAACUCCAAACCGUUCGGAUAGUCGAGGAAACAACCAGCUGGCCUCGAAUGGUGAUUAUGUACCCAGAAGUGCCCACCGUCAACCCGAUGGCUAUAUCCCUCCUUCCUACCUACCCAGUGAACUCGAGGCAUCAUUGCCUCAAGAUCAAGUGAGUCUCCAUGCUGGCGGAGCCACCACGUACACAUCGCCGAGACUCUCCCAAGGUGGAUCAGUUCACCAUAGCCAUCAGAGCAAGGAUUCCCGUGAUUCGCUAGAAGUAUCUCGAAGUGCGGUUCUUGAUACACUGACCUCUGCUUUAUUUGCCCAACACGGCCUAGCCCCCAAUAAGGCACAGCAAUCUGAUGCUUUUACGGGCGGUAUGAGUGCUGGCUCCUUUAGGCCACCUGGAUCUACUCCGGGAAUUUCAAGGUCGCCGUACCUAACUGGAAAUUCUUCCCCUUACCUAAAUAGCAUUGGAAACAACCUAGGGCCAGGUUAUAUGGAGCGGUCGGCUGGUCAACGAAAUGUAUCGGGUCCUGGUCCGAUCGGGCAAGGUAAGCCGACUAGAAAGCCCAAUGGAUCUCAAGAUGCUCGCAACUACUCUCAGAAUAGUCCCAACAGUAGCGAAUUCGGGUUCCCUCCACCAGCGGGCCAAAGACCUUCACCUACUUUCGCACCAGGCCCGUUUCAACAGCAGCAUUCUCCGUGGGCCCCAGAUCCUAUAAGAAGCAGCUCCAGCUUCGGGUUUUCUCAUCCUAGCAGCCUUGACGGUGGCACCCCAUUCGGCCGACUUGGUGCCGUCCAAAAUAAUCGAGAGGAUUACACCCAUUUCCGAAAUCAGCUUCAAGGUGCCAUAAGCAUCGGUACUCCUUCGUACAACAGGCAGGCUUCGGAGUCUGCCCUGCUUAAAGACGAUAAGAAGCAGCGUCCAAAGUGA